UUUAUAACUGGCUAUGCUGUGACGGCUGGAGCUGCAGAAAGACUUGUAUUUGGAUAUGAUAGCUAUGGGAAUAUAUGUGGCAGGAAGAACAUCCCUAUUGAAGGGGCACCCCUUUCUGGACAGGAUAUGACAAGUAAAAAAUUCGUGUUCUUUUUGAAUUCCUGCAAUCUGGAAAUCAAAGAUCUUAAAAUCAAUUCAGUUGCCUUGUGUGUGUCUAGCUGUCCACAAGAGCAACUUAACUCUUUGGAAGACAUCCAACUUUUUGCAAAGAACAAUGAUUCUUGCCUUUGUGUUUAUAACUUGAAUGUUUCCAGUUAUACACUAAAUCCAAAAGCAGCUGAGCUGUGCCCCACACUACCAGUUCCACCAAGCAAAUCCUUCCCAUUGUUUAAUCGAUGUGUUCCACAAAACCCUGAAUGCUAUUCACAGUUUGCAUCUGUCUUGAUAAAUGUAAUCAACGGAGUGGACAUUUUUCAUCACAUUCUUAGUGGAAUAAUGGCAGGAAGAGAUAUUAUAAUAGGACUGUGUGUCCUUGCACUAGCUUUCUCUCUGAUAAUGGUUUUAACCUUCAAAUUCAUCACUACACUUUUGGUCCAUAUUUUCAUUACGCUGGUUGUGUUUGGAUUGUUAUUUGUUUCAGGUGUUCUCUGGUGGUUGUACUAUGAUUAUACUAACAGCUCCAGCAUAGAACUGGAAACUGAAAAGGAAAAUGUGAAGUUUUUACUUGGAUUUGCUGUUUUAUCUACAGUGAUUACGGUUGUUCUACUUGUCCUCAUAUUUGUACUAAGAAAGAGGAUUCAGCUGACUAUACAGCUCUUCCAGGUUGCAAGUAAAAUAAUUACCAAGAUCCCUUUUCUGCUGUUCCAGCCAUUUUGGACCUUUCUGAUUCUCAUUUUCUUCUGGGUAUUCUGGGUUGCUGUGCUACUUAGCUUAGGAACUGCAGGGAGUGUGCAAAUCAUUUCAGGAGGACAAGUUGAAUAUAAAGUACUGUCUGCCAUUCGUUUCAUGUGGUGGUACCAUUUAAUUGGCCUCAUCUGGACUAGUGAAUUCAUCCUGGCUUGUCAGCAAAUGACUAUUUCUGGGGCAGUGGUUACUUGCUACUUCAAUCGAAAUAAAAGUAGCCCGCCAAGUCACCCGAUCCUAUCUUCCAUAUCAGUUCUUUUCUGCUAUCAUCUAGGAACAGCUGUAAAAGGGUCAUUUUUGAUCACUUUACUGAGAAUACCAAGGACUAUUCUCAUGUACAUUUAUAAUACUUUAAAAGAAAAGGAGAGUGUAUGUGCCAGAUGCUUGUUCAAAAGCUGUUUCUGUUGCUUUUGGUGCUUGGAAAGGUGCCUAAGAUACUUUAACCAGCAUGUGUACACAACAACAGCUAUAAAUGGGACAAAUUUUUGUACCUCAGCAAAGGAUGUUCUCUUUAUUUUAGCAAAGAAUUCUACUGCUAUGGCAUCCAUUAGCUGCUUUGGAGACUUUAUCAUUUUCCUAGGGAAGGUGUUUGUUGUAUGUUUUACUGUUUUUGCAGGAUUAAUGGCUUUUAACUACCAUCGUGAGUUACACGUGUGGGUAGUUCCACUCUUGCUGGUUUCAUUUUUUGCCUACCUAGUAUCCCACAACUUUUUAUCAGUGUUUGAAGUAGUUGUGGAUACGCUAUUCCUUUGCUUUGUUAUUGAUAUAGAAACAAACGAUGGAUCUACAGAGAAGCCAUACUUCAUGGAUCAAGACUUACUGAGCUUUGUGAAGCAGAGCAAUAAGCUAAAUGAGGAGAAAAAGCACAGAAACAGGAAAACCCUCCAGAAUAGUGAUGAUGGGACAGAACUCCAGCCUAUGGUGAGACGGCAACAAAGGCUGUGCAACGUGGACGUCAGAUAAUGGUUGUCUCCCAUCGUGUAUUAAAAAAGACUGGGCAUAGACUGUAAAUAUUUAUUUCCUUACCCUGGUUUAUUUCUCUGUCCUCCUCCCUCAUCAUCAUCAGUGCUGACACAAGAACAUCAGAGUUAGUUCCUAAAAGGGCUGGAUUCUGGUUGUAUGUGGCCAGCAGUGAAUUUUCUGCUGCUGUAAAAUGGACAGAACUGACUUUUGUGGCAGCCAUUUUUCCCCUGACCCAAUGUAAGGAGCAUAUCAGGGAGAAAAGGGAUGGAGAGGAGCAGGAAGAGUGAGUGCCGGGGCCCUGGCUCAUUCUAUUGGGCCUGCAUAGACAUAAAGACUGAUUGGAUCUGUAUGCCUGUGGUGCAAGUUAGAGCAGCCCAAGGCUUCUCUGGGGCUGGAGUAGAUUCCCAGCUUCCCUGCACCAAGCAAUGUUCUGAUGAAGGGAAAGGUUUGGCUGCUGGUUCUGAAGUGACCUUCUUAUUUGACUUCUGCUGUUGUUUAAAACUGAUGAGAUGCAAGAAAGGAGAAGCGCUCCAAAGGGCUAUUUCAGCCUUGAAGACUAUAAGAAUAAAGCUUACCGGUUGACCUCAAUGGAGCUAUGCCAACGUAUUCCAGCUGAGGACAGCCCCACUAUUUAGAACUGUGUGAUUGUCACACACACCCAAGAAGCCAGGAGCAAGAGCUGGCUGAUAAAGGUUCUGCAGUAGCAGUUGCUUUUUAUCCUGCUAAAGCGCACUAGGGACAAAAAUAAAAUCUAUCUUUUGGUGACUGUUUUCUUGAUUUAUUCUCAAGGUCUCAGUCUCUGGCACUCUCACUUACACUUUAUUCCAAGCAUUAUGUUAUAGGGAAAUAAUAGCCUAAGCCAUUGGACUGGAAUGCACAAUUUUAAGUUUUAUUAUUGUUCACAUUUCCUUCCUCCCUUAUUUCAGUCUUUCAUUAUAUUUAGUUAAAAAUUCAGAAAAGCACAGAAGUGGACUGUAAAAUGCGUUUCUUUUUACCCUCACAUUUCACCAAGGGCAAUCCUGGAUUUUCAGAUGCAUGAAUGCUGCUUAUUCUCUUUGCAGAUUACUUUUAAGAACAUUUGGAUACAGAUAACAAGACCAGUGCUACAUGUUAUUUGAUACUCUUCUCUCUGGGUGUAGGCUUGAACUUGAAAUAGACCUGAAAGCAUGCAGGCUAAACAGUAGCAGCAGCAAAACUCAGACAAAACAAAGUGAAGGACACAUACUUUGGGACAAAGUAACGUAGUUCUCUAACUACUGGUUUGUACCUCUUGCACUGAAGAAUUAAACACAGUCUCUUAGUCCAGUAGUGGAUUUUUCAUCAUAUCUGCCAAGAAGUUAAGCUGUUUCAUGAAAGUUACAGUAAUAAAGUUCUUCUGUCAGAUUGGUGGUGUUGUCUGAAAACAAGGUUGAAGAGCUAUCCUUCUGGUAUCAAGUUCUCUGAGUAUGUCAGUUCAGGUACCCCAGUAGUAAUUCUGCAUGCACCUGUGUAGAAAACAUGGCCAAUAGUCCUUGGAUCCACAGAUGCAAAACAUUAUAGAGAAGAUACCCUGAGAUCAUUUCUACCUGGGUGGUUCAGUAGCUCUCCACAAUGGCUGCAACCAAUUGAGAAGCAAUACUAGUCUCAUUGGAAGGAAACUGCAGUCUAUUCAGCUAAGAGAAUGGCUACGAGGUAUUGUGGGGGGAAUUGUAUACUCUUGUAGGUAAAUGUUUUCAACAGUUAAGAUUGUGAACAGCCCUUAGUUCUCCUCUGAAUCCUCAUACUUAAAAAUAAAAAAUAAAUAGCCACUUUGUAUGUGACAAAGAAAGGAGGAAAGAUGAGCUCAAACUUGGUUAUGUUGAGAUGAAGCUGUAGGAGGAAAUCUUGAAAAGAGGCAUAAUGGGAAGGGGUUGGGAUACCAGGUUGAAGUAGUAGAUGUGGGAGCAUUUUCCUUGGUAUUUGACAGCAGAACCCAUAAGGAAAGGCUGAGAAAUGGCAAAGAAUGGAAAUCUGUGGAGCUGUUUAGAAUAAAGGAAAAGGAGCUAGAAAAAGUUGUUCAGGAAAGUUAUAAAUAAAACCCCCAAAAUUGGGGGGGGGUUGUUUUGUCAUGGAGCUGUAAAAUUGGAAGCUAUAUGUUAAUUUUUCAUGGUCUCGUUGUUCUGUGAUCCCAUGAGUAGGGAGACUGUCUUGGGAUGCAACUGGAAAGGACUUCAAACGCUCAUAGUGUUAGAAUGAACUUCCUUAACUCAUCUAGAUUUAGCCAUGAUGCUAUAAUUUUAUUCAGUAGAACAAAAUCCUUUUUUUUCCCCACCCCCCCCAGAGCUGCUUGAACCUUCGGGCUGAAGGCAGGGCUGAGUAGGAAAUCUGAGGAUCUCUUGAAAAAAUUCAAAAGUGAUACAGGUGGUUUCAAUCUAGGAUCAUUUUUUGCAGGUAAGUGAAUAUUUUUGUCUUUGUCCAAAGAACAAAGAGAGGAUUUCAGAGGGACCAAAUUCAGAAGUGAAAGCUGACAAAGCAGGGAAGCUCAGUUAAGAGACAAAGGUAGCUAAUCCUCUGCUAUGCAGAGCAAGGACAAGACUUUUUAAUCUCUUAGCAGUUGUUAAGAGCUGAUUCCUCACCCUGGUGUAGUAUUACUGUCUUCUGUGCAUGCUGUUGCAUCAUGACGCACCUUAAAGAGUUUAGGAGCUGCUGAGAGAAAAUGGUAAUGCUAUGGAGGGAUGAUGAGCAAACAGGGAAGAGGCAUUGUCUUUUGUCUCACCUGCCAGACAGAGGGAGGAAUGGUGGAUGAUGCUAUAAGAUAAUUUUCCAUCUCCUUUUGAAUCCAAUCAAUUUUAUAAUGUAUGUAGACCCUUAAAUAGACCCUUAUUUAUAGAAGUCUUGUGUACAUUAAAACAAUUAAGUUUUUCUAACAAGUCCAUUACAUUGUGGAAGUUAAGCUUUACUGUGUCUAGUUCCCAAACAACUUUAACACUGAAUUCCCAGACAUUGCUCUAGUGUAUUAUCUUUUCAUACCUUGUUUCUUGGUUGCUUUAUUCUGUAUAGUAAAGCAAAGUAGUUAGCUCUGUUAGUCUGAAGUCAGGUAGGUGGCAGGGCAGCCUCUAAGGCUAUCACCAUCCCUGCCUUGUGGCUGUACAGCAAGUGUUGUCCUUUUUGCAGGGCUUUAUCUGUUAGUGAUGGUUGCAACUCAGUUGCACAUUUUAAUGCGCUUAUGAAUUUGCCUUUUAUAAGAAAGCAGUUUCCCAAAUUGUCUGUUAAACACAUUCUGAGAAAUGGAAAACAUUUGAACAACUUUCUUGCUUUCAGGUUGAGGCUUUCAGUCUCUUGAUCUUGUUUGAUUGCUAUAGUUACUUUUCAGCGUUUGACUUUGGCUCUCAGAUAAAUGAAACACAAACUGCAAUUUCCCACCUCCACCCCCACUCCCUUGUUAAGAGCCCAAGACCCAAAAGUAAAAUCCAGGUUUUUUUCUAAGUGUUCAUACACUCUCUUCCCCAGCUCUGCCUCCUUAAGGUGAAGGACCAAACCCAUCACAUGCUGCUGUGGUGGGGUAAGGCUUUCCUUCCAGAGAAAUUUCCAGUAAAGCUACUUCUAAAGUAACAGCAGAAUUAAGAUGAACACAUUUAUAAAAGGUGAUAGAACAAAGGGGGCAUUUAUUAAUCUAUUAAAUAUAAUCGAUUUGGGAAGAAGAAAGCCAGGCUUUUUUUUGGGUAGUCUGGAAGUUAGUAGUAAUUUCUCUGAUUCACCCUCUCCUUUGUUU